AUGUCCGGCCGAAGCGCCUACGUGCGCAAGAAGAUUACACAGACCGAGAAGGAAAAGGCGAGAGCCAGGGCGAACGGUGGUGGCAUCGUGGGAGACCAUGACGACCUGUUCAUCCCGGAAUUCCCCCUCCCGCAGACGGGCGCCUCGUUGCCCGUCGGCACCGGCAUCGGCACCACCAACGCGCGCUUCCUCAAGUUCUCGGAACCCCCGCGCGACGUCAAGCCCGGCACUCCGAGCAUAGGGAGCGGCAGCGGGAGCAGCGAGGGCGGACGACGCGACGGCAGCUCCGGCCCGCUCGACGACUUCGCCUACGCCCGAGCUCGGAGACCCACCAUCAAGACGGAGGACGUUUCCGGCAUCGAGAAGUCGGGACUCCGGAGCAGGCUGGACAAGAAGAGUGAGGACGUUCGGAGGGGCCUGGCCAAGACCUUCACCUUCAAGCGCAAGGACAAGGAGCCCGAGUUCCGCCCCGAGUCCGUGGCCACCGUGAGGCCCGGCCAGCACCAGCACUCAGCCCCAAUGUCGCCGGCCGAGGAAUUCAACUACGAGCACUUCAACGUCGAUUCAAUGCAGCAGAUGCACAUGCAGAUGCAGAUGCAGAUGCAGCAGUUGCAGAUGCAGCAGCAGAUGCGCCACCAGGACAUGGACCUGCCCACUUCGCCGCCCCCGGCAUCCAAGCUGCCACCGGUGCCGACCACGCCGCCCAUCAAGCGGUGGAUCGGCGCGGGGAGGCCGGUCCAGAGGUGGAACAAGCUGCGCAAGGAUCCCGAGCUCUGGGACCCCAACGGGGACGUCCUCGUACCUCAUCACGCUGCUCCGGGAGGGACGACGGAGGAGGACAUUUACAUGCCGCCCUCGCCCCAGGGCGCGCCGCCCAUGCUGCGCCCGCACAUGCGCGGGGGCCAGCCGACGCCGCCCAUCUCCGAAGACCUCGGCGAGGCCGACGGCCAGAUUUCGUACGAAAUGUACUUCCCGACGCCGGCCAACAUGACCAAGACGGAACAGCUCCGGAGCCACAUCACGACGAGAAACAUAUUCGCGCUGCUCUACCACGCCUCCCUCGUCGGCCUGUCGCUCCACCAGGCCCUCGCCGACCUCCACAUGCGGCUGGACGCCUACAUGCCCCCGGACUCGGACAACGUCGGCAUGAUUCUGAAUUACCUGUCCGCUCGCGGCAUCGACGACGUGCGCAACGACCCGGAGACGGCCGUGAGCCUGCUGGCGUGGUCCGAGGGAUCCGCCGUCCGGUGGGAGGAGGGGUGGCGGGAGAGCUUCCUGCACUGCGCCGGCAUGUACAGCCAGCUGGAGCAAUGCGCCGACUUCAAGGAGCUCACCCCCAUCACCCGCGCCCUGCUGGAGCGCGCCUGCUUGGAGACGCAGCUCCGCGUCCAGGCGGCGGAAGAGCGGCUGUCCGAGUUUCAGUACGACGACAUGUGGCCGCCGGCCGCCGGCAGCAACGGCCCGGCAAAGGCGGCGGCGGACCGGCUGCAAAAGUUUUUUCUGGGCCACUACAUGCGAGCCCAGGGAUCGUGGCCCCCGGCGCAGGCCACCGGCCUGCCGGACUCGGACGGCGAGGACAUUUGGCUGACGAGGAGCGUGGCGCAGUCGUUGCAAAGGGACUUUGGCGCCCUGUACGACUACCUGGUCAACCGCGACAUCGUGUGGGACGUGUCGGAGGCGCGGUCGGAGCGCAAGUGGAUGAUACAGAGCGAAAAGGACAAGGGCUUCGACGCCGACGUGGACAUACCCAUGACGGACAUGCUCGUCGAGUACGACAACAGGCUGCGGUUCCCGCACAUCCCGCACCCGUACCCGCUGGUGCCCGAGUCGAUCCCGCCCGCGCCGACGGCCAAGGAGAGCUCCAUGUUCAAGAAGAAGAGCGGCGCGGCGGCCAACAACGGCGGCCGCGCCGGGGCGCUGGAGCGGCGGGUCCAGCUGGCGUACACCGAGGCGACCAACAUCUACAUCCUGGGGUCGGACUUUACGCAGUCGGACCUCAUUGACGCGUACGUCAAGUUCGAGAAGGGCGACAACAUCACCGAGGUCGACCCGGCGGUGGCCCGACGGGGGCGGUGGGUCCUCAUCUACGGCAUCCUCCAGACGCUGGCCAGCGUCUCGGUCGACGCCCCCUACGUGCGGUACCGCGCCGACGUGCCGUACCACCUCUCGCCGCGCCUCAAGGGCACCAGGGUGCCGCCGUGGAAGGGGUCGAGCACGCCGGACGAGGCCUCGCACGAGCUGUCGCACUGCUGGGCGGUGCAGCACACGUGGAACACGCCCAACAACAGCGGGGCCGACAGCUCGGGCGGGUCGGGCAGUAACAGCCCCGUGCAAGCCCACGCGCGGCCGUUCGCCUACCCGCGGGGCCCGCCGUCGACGGCCUCGCGGGGCUCGGGGUACCAGACGCCCGGCACCCGCUCCGUCCACUCGGCGGGGUCCGCGCCGCCCUUUGGGUCGGGGUACAGCGUCGUCAGCGAGAGCGACACGGCCAGCAGCGUGCGCACGCCGGCGUCGAGCCGCGCGGGGGCUGCCGGCACGACGACGACGAAGCGGGCGCAGUCGCGGGACAACGCCAAGGGGCUGGGCGGCGGGCCGGGCAGCAUGCGCAGCGCCGCGACGUUUGGCGCGCACAACGACGCGGGCAGCUCCCACGGCGGGUACGCGCGGUCCGGCUCGUCGCACCCGCACGACCAGUCGCUGCCUCUACCGGGCAACAUCAUGGGGUCGGGGGCGUUCCUCGCGCUCGACGACCUCGUGGAGAGGCGGAGCACGCGGAGCAGCGGCGGACACGGCCGGCGAGCGCGGGAGGGGUCCGAGACGGACAACGUGGCGCCGCGGAUCCGCGACUUUGACCUGGAUGUAAUUGACGACCACGAGCCGUGA